CCAGAGAAGGCAAAGAACGUCAUUAAGAUACGGUGUGUUUCGUGUGGGGUAACUCAGCACUCGGCGACUGAAGUGAUACAAGACGCCAAUAUAUUGGAGACGAAAGCUGUCUAAUGAAACGAUCUUAAAUAUUUGAAACAAAGUCUUGUGAGAAAGUUGAAGUACUUAAGGAAAUGUUGCCAUUAGUUGACGGAAACCGGGACCGCGGUGACGAAGACACAUCUAACCAACUCACAGUCAUACCUCGCAAAAAGGCAAAGAGAUCGUACGAGUCGGCAACUGAAGUCGGUCCUGCUCAGAGCCGGGUGGAGGAGGAGCGGGAGAUGCAACAACGGAAGACAGCCAGCGAUAGAGAACGGACGCGGAUGAAGGAUAUGAACUAUGCAUUUGAAAUGCUACGGGGAAAGUUAGCUCAUAGAAAACAACCAGGAAAGAAAAUGUCGAAAAUACAAGCGUUGAAAUUCGCCAUCGAAUAUAUUAACGAUUUGGAAGAAACUCUAACGAUGACAACACAUGUGCCGAACGGUGGGGCUGCGUACUUUCAGUGGGCUCGUGAGAGGGGAUUCAUUUGGGCCAGAGAAAAGGCGAAAUUGCCAGAGUUUCACAAUAUGGCGUCGGACGAUAUCACCAUAACAACGGAGUAUGACGUCAGCAGUCAUAGUACGGUUGGUUCAGACGAUAUAGAGUGCCAGUCUCCAUCAAUGUAUAGUUAUGAGCCAGAUCAACUCACGAUAACACAACUGUAA